AUGGACAUGCUGUUUUACAGUCAAGAUGACCAAGAUAACAUGAUGGAGGAUGCCGAAAUGGUGGCCACAGGAUGGAUGAGUCAAGAAGAUACCGUUCGUGGUUUGGAGCGAUUCUUCCCUAAGGGACGCCUUUUCACCGAAGAACGACGACACAUCCUCAUUUCUGCUGUAUUGGAAGAACAGCAACGACUUCAGGAAGAGUGCGAUGUCUUUGACAUGGAUCAACAAAAAGUAUUGGCCAAGUCUCUCGGCAACUAUCGACCUAUUGCCAAGACUUGGCCUAUCAACGAGCCUACCAAGAUGAAUUGGAGAGUUUGCCACAACAAACAACAAAACAGCAAAAACAACAAGCACCACCUGGGCUGCUCUCUCGAGUGUCCACCAUCGUCAUGA